AUGAAUGAUGAGGAUACAUUUAUGUUUGAUAAACAAUCAAAUGAUCAUGGUGGAGGUAUAAGCUUGGCAAGUCUAAAGAUUGAAAAGCAACAACAACAAGAUCAACAACAACCAAAGGAAGAGAAUACAUCAAUGAAUAGACAUCAACAACUACACCAACAACAACAUGGACAACAUCAUGCACAGCAUGGACAACAACAACCUACUGCAGCUGGUCAUGGCAUCAAUUUCUUGAAUGCCAGCUCAAGCUCAAUGAGAGCAUUCAUGACAGAGAGUGGUAAUAGUCUGGGCAAUGUUAUAGAUGCAGAGGAUGAAGUAGAUAGUAUCAAACACAGCAAUAAGAUACGAUUGUCAAGAUCAUUCUAUCACUUGUCAUCAUCGUCGGCAAGCAUCGAUAACCUCUACUCGACAAUAUCAUCGAUGGAGCUUGAGAUUGAUGACUUGGCACUGGAGCUCAUCAUCUAUAUCUUUCAAUUCCUUUCGCCCUUUGACAUUAGACAUGCUGCAACAGUAUGCAAGUUCUGGUCUGUGCUCUGCUCAAGUGAUGCAAUAUGGGAGGAUCAAUGUAUACAACAAUGGUCAUGGAUAUGUCAAGAUAUUCAAACUCGCAAGAAGCAUACACAUAAUAACAGUCCAUGGAAAGAGUUCUAUCGAUUCUUUGAUACUGAGUAUUUGAAAUGGGUUGGAUGGUACCAAUACUCAAUGACUCGCGAGUCUGCCAACAAUGUUCUACAGAAGAUGUCAAAGGGUACAUUCUUGAUAAGGAAGAGUUCAAAGCCAAACAACUUGGUCAUCUCUUACAAUGUCCACACAAGACAACCACAACAUCUCUUGGUCUAUAACUUGGGACCUCAUACUGGUGUAUUCCUCAAUGAUGACAUUGGAACAAUAUUCCCGACAUUGUCGACACUGGUGAGGGAGAAACAGAAGUUCUUGAAGCGACCAUAUAUUGAUGGAAAUAGGUACGCCACCAAACAGCAGGCCAAACGCGACUACAUCGUAGCCAUGAUGAAUGAUCCAAAGAUGCGUGAGGGCAAGUCUUUGAACGACCUCUGCUUGCUACACAAGGCAACAAAGUGGUGCUUCCUAGACCUUGUCGAGCAACUUGUACAUCAUAAGUUGGGCAUCGAUAUCAAUCAUGUCAAUCCAAAGAAUGGUCGAACACCUCUUCACAACGCGUUGAGCUUCAUUCAUGGAGAACCAUUGUCUGACGUGAGAUUCCAGAUUGUCUCAUACCUCUUGUCCAAUGGCGUUGGAUCAGCGGUCAACAUUGUGGACAAUCGAGGCAGGACUGCCCUGCACAUUGCGGUCAAGCAACAUCAAUCAGACUUUGUUCGUAUCGUCGAGUUGCUGUUGGAGCAUGGCGCCAACAUCAAUAUGUGGCAGAGUAACGGUUUGCAUCCACUGCAUAUUGCAACAAAGGAGAACAACUUGGCAAUGGUCAAGGCAUUGUUGAAGAACAAGAACGUCGAUGUCAACUGCAGGAUAUCAGAGACACCUUGUUCAGUGAACAAUCUCAAGGAUCACAUUGGAGACACACCACUUCAUAUGGCUGCACAUGGUUGCAUGUACCCACUCGUCAAGGAGAUGUUGGAGUGCAAGAACAUCGAGGUCAACAUCUUGGACAACAGUGUCAUGACGCCACUUCAUCGCGCUGUACUAAUGAAUCAAGACUGGCUUGGCAUGACAAGAUUUGGAAAGCCUUCCAGACAUUACUACUCGCAUCAGGUGGUGGAGUUGUUGUUUGAUCAUGGUGCUGACCCGGAUGUAGUGUCCAAAGGCAACAACACACCGCUACACAUAUCGAUUGCCAAGGGACAUCGUCAGAGCACUCUGUUGUUGAUGAAGAAGAUUAUUGCUAGGCAACAGGCAACAACAACAGCUGGUACUGGUGAAGAGUAUCAAAAGAAGAUGUCAGUGCACUACAAUAUACCUCGUCUGAUGAAGUCCAUUGAGAUUGGAAGCACCUGUGCCGACAUUAUGAAGGCACGAGAUGAUCUUGGCUAUGCGAUCAUGUGUGGAUUCAAAGAGAUAGCAAUGAGUGAUCUGAACAAGACCAUUACCAAUCACUUUGAGAGCAUCAGGAACUCAGUCAUCAAGCACAUGUCUCCAUCGCCUGCCGUCACCAACCAUGUCCCUGUGCCGCCAACACAAGCCACCACCCCCAACAACCAAGACACGACCGUGUCUUUACCUGCUACAGCCGAGCAACUUCAAGACCAGGAGGGAUAG